AUGCCAAGGAACGAGACGACCAGGCCGAACCAGCCAGCUUACUACGGGUCUUCCCAAACGGCGCUGCUGGUCAUGGACUACCUGAAUAUGCUUGUCGACAUGAUGGCAAGUCCAGAAAGGCAGGCACUCAUUGACUCUGUCAACCUACUUCUCGCGACGGCGCGCAAGAACAAAGUGCCCAUCAUACACUGCCUCAUAGAUACCAGCAUCGACCCCCCGCCUACGAGCAAGAUAUACGAGCAGUGGUUCACAGUCAACAAGCCCGCAAUCGAGGCCAAUCCUGAACUGGUCGAGGAGUACGCCGACUUUGCUCCUCCGCCUGGAAAUAUCGCUGGCCCACUUGAGAGCGUAUCUCACAGACUUCCUGGACCCAGGUCCGCCUUCAUCAAUAAAAGCCUUUUACCAUUUUUACGAGAACAUCUAGGCGUCAAGUCUCUUAUUCUCGGUGGUAUUGGAACUAGUGGCGUCGUAUUGGGUACAGCCUUACAGGGAACUGAUGAAGACUUCAUCGUCACGGUGGUCGAGGAUGCGGUCUGGGAUCCCAACGCACAAGUGAAUCGAGACCUUCUCGACGUUGUUCUCCCCGUAUCGGCUUGGGUCGUGUCCACAGAAGAAGCAGUCGGCUACAUGAAGAGGGAUUGA